GCUGAGAUGCUAUACGAGCAUCUCAGGGACGACCAUGUCGGCCGCAAGGCACACCACAACCUGUGCUUGACCUGCAAAUGGGACAAGUGCAACGUGCCGACCUUUGCCAAGAGGGAUCAUAUCACAUCCCAUCUGCGGGUCCAUGUGGCCUCGAAGCCAUACCAGUGCGAGGUUUGUAAAAAAGGUUUCAAGCGACCGCAGGAUCUGAAGAAGCACGAAAAGACCCAU